AUGGCUGAAGUGAAGCUUCAUGGGACGUGGUCUAGUCCAUAUAGUUACAGAGUGAUCUGGGCUCUCAAGCUAAAGGGCACACCUUUUGAUUAUGUAGAAGAAGAUCUAGCCUACAAAAGCUCAUUGCUUCUGCAGUAUAAUCCAGUUCACAAGAAGAUCCCAGUUCUCGUUCAUGGUGGAAAACCAAUUUGCGAGUCCAUGGUCAUCAUUGAAUACAUCGACGAGAAGUGGCCAGAGAAUCCCUUGCUGCCAACUGAUCCUUAUGAUAGAGCCGUGGCUCGUUUCUGGAUUCGAUUUUUAGAAGACAAGGGUCUUGUUCUCCGGAAAUUGUUAUUUUCAAGUGGGGAAGAACAUGAGAAAGCUAAGAAAGAAAUCUUGGAAAUGCUAGAAAUAGUUGAAGAACAUGGCUUAUUAGGAGAAAAUGAAUUCUUCAAUGGAGAAAAGAUUGGCGCAGUGGACAUAGCAUUUGGUUCGAUUAUUUAUUGGUUGGAUACUGUUGAUGCGUGA